CCCGAAGACUGUGGCCACCCCAACGGCUUGAGCUGCCACCAGCAUCUCGUGCUGCUUGAACUUGUUCUGUAAGUCGGGGGGGGGUUAGGCACAACCCCAACUUUUGGGGGUAAAAUCAAAUCCCUCCAUUCAUUUUUUGGGCAGUGACACCCUCACCUCAUAUUCCCUGGUGACUGUGGUCCUCAUCUUCCCCAGGUAGGCUGCGGCCAUGGCAGAGAGGUGGACAUAGGGACCCUGGGGGACACAGUGCUGAGCGGCCCCCCCUCCCGGCACCAGCUGAAACCGCCGGGGAUUUCGGGGUUCAGGAGGGGAUCCCUCACCACUUUGCCAAGGAAAACGGUGCUGCCGCACGUCAGGGUGCAGGUCAGCCCCACCACCUUGGCUCCGAAGUUCUGGAUGGCCAGGCAUCGCAUUCCGCGGCGUUGAGCUGGGGGGGAACGGAGAGGGGAAAAAUUUCCACCGUCUCCGGCGCAAGACCUAAAUUUAGCCGGUUUUACGAGAGGUCUGGCAGGCGGCCGGGAGCCUUAACGAGGCUUUAAAAAGCUCGUCAAGUCGAAAUAUCCCGAAAUAACCGAUCCGGCGUCGCCUUCGCCGGGAGGAGAACGGGGAAGGGGGUUCCGCUCUUUCCCCCGGCGGGAGCUGGGGGUCGCAGCUGGGGCAAGCAGUGGCCGAAGGGGAAAUCCUCGCCCGCCGGCACCAUGGAGCUUUUCGGGAGCUUUGUCCGGCCCCACGGGGACACCUUGGGGUUCCCAGCUCGCCCCGGUAACACGGGCGUGGUGAAGACCCUGGGGAACACCUAUCAGUUCACGGUGGACGUCAGCGACUUCGCGCCCGAGGACAUCAUCGUCACCACCUCCAACAACCAGAUCGAGGUGCACGCCGAGAAGUUGGCCACGGAUGGCACGGUCAUGAACACCUUCACCCACAAGUGCCAGUUGCCCGAAGACGUGGACCCCACGUCCGUGUCAUCCUCGCUGGGGGACAACGGCAUGUUGACCAUCCGGGCUCAGCGCCGGCCGGCCAAGCACUCCGAGCACGUCCAGCAAACCUUCCGGACUGAGAUCAAGAUCUGAGGGGUCGGGGGGCUCCUCUCCCCCCUUCUCCUUUCCCUCCCUCGCUACUCGAAUGGGUGAUUUGGGAAGGAGGUGGGAUGUGGGGCAGGGAAUGGGAAGGCUCCCUCCAGAGUGGGUCAGACCUGUGCUGAAGGCAUCCCGUCACCGCCGGAGAAGCUCCGGAGGGGAGUCCCAGCUCCGGCGAUUUUUAGCUGGCGCGUGUUGAGGGGGGAGAUCCAGCGUGCCAAGAGUCCUGCCGGGAGCCAGGUUCCCUUCCCAGCCCUCUGCCAGAGCUUGUCUUUGUAUAUAGAGCUUGGGAUAAAUUAUUGAGAAUGCC